AUGUCGAAGAAUAUCAAGACGCCAACAAAUCAAAAGCUGCUUACUAAUGUCGCAGUAGUCCGUUUGAAAAAAAUGGGAAAACGUUUCGAGAUUGCUUGCUAUAAAAACAAGGUUGUCAACUGGAGAAAUAAAAGCGAAAAAGACAUUGACGAAGUUCUUCAAACUCACACCGUAUUUUCAAACGUGUCGAAAGGACAAGUGGCAAAGAAAGAUGAGUUGACUGCAGCAUUCGGCACUGACGAUCAACUGGAAAUCUGUAAAUUGAUUCUGGAAAAAGGUGACUUGCAAGUAUCCGAGAAGGAGCGCCAGGCGGCAACAGAUCAAUCGUUGAAGGAGGUUUCUCAGCUGAUUGCUUCAAUGGUUGUGAAUCCUGAAACGAAACGUCCUAUACCACCAUCUGUAAUUGAGAAAGCUCUUCACGAACUUCACUUCUCUCUUAAGCCAAACAGAAAUGCGAAGCAGCAGGCAUUGGAAGUUAUUCCAAAACUGAAGGAAACGAUUCGUAUUGAACGCGCAAAGAUGAGAAUUCGUAUAUCUAUGCCUUCACAUGAAGCCAAAAUCACACACGGUCGACUGAAAGCUCUCUUUUCCGAGUUAGAAAUGGAAGAUUGGGCCGAAGGAGGACUUGAGAUGGUGGGCCUUAUUGAACCCGGAAGUUUCCGCACUACAGAUGAAUUGGUUCGAAACGAAAGCAAAGGUCAUGGACGGCUUGAAAUUCUUAGUUUGAAGGACGUGCGUGAUGGAGAGAUAGAAAUUUCGUGA